CGUUUUAAUCCAUUAACCGCUGAUUAACCCUAGAGACCAACUCCGUCCGCUUCACAAAUGCCACUGCCAACGGUUUCAUCCGCAGCCCAGCAGCAGCGGAACCGCCGUUCCCCCUCGAAGGAAGGUUUUCCCACAAUCUGCACUCGGGCCAAGUCUUCAUGUGGUGUCAGCCAUGGCUGUUCUGGGAGUGCGGUUCACCAGGAGACAGAGAGACAAACUGGCCCAGACGCUGCGGAUGUUGAACUGGGUGUUGGUGCUGAUGGGGAUGGUUUUGAUCAGCCUAGGGAUCUACCUCACCCUGGAGAUGAGGAAACGCAGUGAGGUAAUGGUGAUCGGUGGAGCAACCUCUCUCCCCAACGUGCUGGUGGUGGUGGGAGCCAUCGCCUGUGGCAUCAACCUGCUGGGGAGCAACAUCUGCCAUGACUGCUGGGACAACAAAUUCUCCCGCUGGAGGCUGCUCAUGAUUCCCUACAUCACCUGCACCACCUUCUUAACCUUCUUCAUCCUGGUGGGGGCUUUGUUGUGCUACAGCAUGAGGAGCACACUGGAGGAAUCCCUCUUCUUGGGCCUCCAGCAUGCCAUGAGGUUCUACAGGGACACCGACGCCCCGGGCCACUGCUUCCUCAAGAAGACCAUGGAUGAGCUGCACAUGGAGUUCCGUUGCUGUGGCAACAACGGCUUCAGGGACUGGUUUGAGAUCCAGUGGAUCAGCUCACGCUAUCUGGACAUGAACUCCAAAGAGGUCCAAGAUCGCCUGAGGAGUAACGUGGAUGGGAAGUAUUUGUUGGAUGGCAUUCCCUUCAGCUGCUGCAACCUCAACUCGCCCCGUCCUUGUAUCCAAUUUCAACUCACCAACAAUUCAGCCCAUUACAACUACGACUACCUGACUGAAGAGAUGAACCAGUGGAUGACAGGCUGUCGACAGGCACUACUGGAUCAUUACGCCCCGAUUGUGCAGUCUAUCGGGCUCUGCAUGCUGUUCAUCUGGCUCUUUGAGAUUUUGGUUCUGAUUGGUGUCAGGUAUCUACAGACUGCAAUGGAGAACAUUCAGAUCCAGGGUGACCCAGACAGUGCGUCGGAGGGUUGGCUACUGCAGAACAACUUUGUGGAAAAAGCCACAACAAACUUCAACAUCGUUAAAAACCUGCACAAAGUUGAUCAGAUAUCCACAAUCUCAGGAGUGGAAGAUCUCAAUACCAUUGCCAAGUAUGGACCAGAAAAUAUUCUGCCCCAAAUUAUCACCACCAGUUAA